CCGCGAACUCAUCUCGCACGCCGGGGACCCAGCGACAGGUGGAGUGGAGCCGAGCCGUGCCCGGUCCCCGACGCGCUCCCGGGCUCGCCAUGGGCAACAGCGCGGGCCGCAGCGACUUCGAGUGGGUGUACACCGACCAGCCGCACACGCAGCGCCGCAAGGAGAUGCUCGCCAAGUACCCCGCCAUCAAGGCCCUGAUGCGGCCGGACCCUCAGCUCAAGUGGACGGUUACGGGGAUGGUGCUGGCGCAGCUGCUGGCCUGCUGGCUGGUGCGGGGGCUGGCGUGGCGCUGGCUGCUCUUCUGGGCCUACGCCUUCGGCGGCUGCGUGAACCACUCGCUGACGCUGGCCAUCCACGACAUCUCGCACAACGCCGCCUUCGGCACGGGCCGCGCCGCCCGCAACCGCUGGUUCGCCGUCUUCGCCAACCUGCCCGUGGGCGUGCCCUAUGCCGCCUCCUUCAAGAAGUACCACGUGGACCACCACCGCUACCUGGGCGGGGACGGGCUGGACGUGGACGUGCCCACGCGCCUGGAGGGCUGGUUCUUCUGCACGCCGGCCCGCAAGCUGCUCUGGCUGGCGCUGCAGCCCCUGUUCUACUCGCUCCGGCCGCUCUGCGUGAACCCCAAGGCUCUCACCCGCAUGGAGGUGUACAACGCCCUGGUCCAGCUGGCCGCUGACCUGACCAUCUUUGCCCUCUGGGGGCUCAAGCCCGUGGUCUACCUCCUGGCCAGCUCCCUGCUGGGCCUGGGUCUGCACCCCAUCUCGGGCCACUUCGUGGCUGAGCACUACAUGUUCCUCAAGGGCCACGAGACCUACUCCUACUACGGGCCCCUCAACUGGAUCACCUUCAACGUGGGCUACCACAUGGAGCACCACGACUUCCCCAGCAUCCCUGGCUGCAACCUGCCCCUGGUGCGGAAGAUGGCGCCCGAGUACUACGACCACCUGCCGCAGCACCACUCGUGGGUGAAGGUGCUCUGGGACUUCGUGUUCGAGGACUCCCUGGGGCCCUACGCCAGGGUGAAGCGCGUGUGCAAGCUGGCGGGGGACCGCCUGUGAGCCGGACCCGCUGGCGCCGGGAGUGGACGCCGUGCCGUGCCCUGCCCGGCUGGCCGCCCGGCCCCGCCCCGCCCCCCUGCUGCAGAGCUGGCUGCCGGCGCUCCCCUGGGCUGAGUGCCCAGAACGGGUUUGGCUGCAUUUGGUCCCCGAACUCUGAGCUGCUGCUUGUGUCCCGGGUCCCUGGCACCGCCAGGGUGUGUGUGGGGGGGUGGAGGUGGCGGGCACUGGUGCCUCCUGGAGAAGCUCCGUCUGCCCGUGGACUUGCCGAUGACCUUGGGCCAGGCCCGCCCUUCUGGGGCCUGGCAGGGAUGGCCUGCCCUGCCUGCUCUGUGCCCCGCCCCCUCGGGCUCCUUUGUCAGGUGUCCCCGUGCCCUAAAUUAAACGAGCAUUUGUUUCCACA